ACACUCGUAUAUUGACAAAAUCGGCUGAUCCCGAAAGAUACAAAAUAAGAGUAGAAGAUAUCGGGAUCUUCAUGCCUUGGUUUUAAUCAUUUAGCUAUAUUAAUUUAACCUGAUCUUUCUUUGAAUUGAAUGAGACUGUGUCUCCAAAAAGGCAGACAGUGUCUCGAGAAUGAAUGUACUUUUAGAGUGCAGAUACUAAGGAUUUGAAAUUUGAAUUCUGCAUGAAGUACGAAUAAAUAUAACGUUUUAAAAAUUUAUUGAUGUUUUCUCGUUCGUUCGUUCAUCCGUUAAUUCAUUUUUUCAAUCAUUCAUUUAUUCAUUCUUUUAUCGACGUUAAAUAAGCAGAUUCUAUAUAACCCAGAUAGGAUUUUAAUUUAAAUAUAAUUUCCUUUAAAUUACGAGAGCAGACUGUUCAAAUCUUUUCGCGUUAAAACAUAUUUCUUAAUAGUUGCAUCUCUUCAAGUACUUAUUCAACUUAAAAAGUACGAAGCGGUCUUAUGUUUUCAUGCUAAGAAGUUAAUUUGCAUUUGAAUCGUGAAAGUUAACGGGAAUCGAACUUACUGUAGUUAAAAUGCACUGAAUUCCAACUAAUACUGGCCGAAGAAAUUUUCAUUUAAAUAGCAGAAUAUUAACGUUUACAAAAUGAAAUUCGAUUGCGCCUGUGCGUCAAGAUUAGCAUAUAACGUUAAUUUUAUGUCAUUUAUAUAAAUUUGAAACUGUGUUUGAAGUUUAAACUACGUGUCUGUCUGUGUGUGCGUCAGUGUGUGUGUGUGUAUGUAUAUGUAUGUAUGUGUGUGUGUGGUGUGAAAUUUUAUAUCAUAACAAAAUAUUUCUUUAUUUUACUAAACAGAAUUUAAAUAGAGAGAUCUGAGAUAUAAAAAAAAGAACACAAAGGAUGAAAACUGCAUUCCUCCUGCUGUCCAUAAUCUUCGGUGUUGGAAUGUUGUUGGCCGUUGUUGCCGAGAGCAAGGGCGUUUACAGAGGAUUUCGUGGCGGUAGUGUAUGCGAGUCAGUCUCUUGCGGUGGUGGCUGUCCCAAUUCAGGGUUCAAGUCAGAUCCAAAUGGAUGCCAGACAUGCAGGUGCAACAACCCCUGUGCUGAGAUAAAAUGUAUCAACGACAAAUGUACUAGCAAUGGUGAUGCGGCCAAUUGUGAUGAAGGAACUGCCUAAGAAAUAAGAUCCAAAGAAAAUGUAAAAUUUGUUAAAUAGAUACAAUAUCAUGAUAAUAAUGUUUUAAGUAUGUACUGUGUAUGAUUUAGAUAGAUUUAACACCAUGAUAUAAUGUGUCAAAUAAUACUAAUGCGUUAAAUGAACACUGCAUAUGAUUUAGAUAGAUGUAAUAUCAUGAUGUGAUGUGUAAAAUAGAUAGUAUAUUAUGAUAAUAUGUGCUAAAUGGUGGUGAUGGGAAAAUAAUUCAUGAUAUAUUUAUUUAUUUAUUUAAUUAUUUUAUUUUUAACAGUUUGAAAAUAAAUUUUUCCACUCGUAAAGUUCGUUUUGAGGCCAUUUACACAGAUGCGUUUUAAAACAUUUUUAAUACUUUGAAGAAAAAAAAUCAAGAAUAAAAUAAUAAUAACAUUUUUUUAUUACAGUAUUUCUCUUUUAUUUCGUUAGUUCAUUAAUUUUUUAUUUAAAUUUUAUCUAAAUUUAUUCUGUUUCUUAUUUCAGUUUUACUCGUUAGAUGUACUAGACACACACACACACCACGGCCUUCAAGUUUUUUUUCAACAAAAAUUCCUCUAAAAAAGUGUCCACAAAUGUUUAUUGCAUUGAUAAUAUUCACAUUAAAGAUGACUUUGUGGAAAUAAAUAACUAAAUAUACGACUAAAUGUGAAUUUAAUUGUUAUUUAUUAAUUAAUUAGUUUAAAUUGAAUAAGAAAUACACAACACGUGCAAUGAACAUAAUAGGUAGUUUCCAGGCAGGAAGAUUCAACCAUCCGUUCUUCCGUUUGGUCUGCAAAAAAAAAUUAAAAUUAGUAGAAUAAAGUGUUUAAUUAAUAAAUGGGUAGAGAGAGAGAGAGAGAGAGAAAAGAUUUGAUGGAAAUUUCAAAGGUUAUCUAUGUCAGAUUCAAUUCUCAACUAAUCGAGGAGAGGGCGUUUUCAUAUUUUUUUCAUUUUCUCGUCCGCUACCCUGACUGCGGCCAAACCACAUUCCUCAGUCGUCAUUUCUACAUAUCGUCCGACAAGUGUACCAGAGACCGUACUGCCCCACGCCCUACCGGCCAUCCAAGGUAAUAGUGGGCAUCCAUCAGGGUACUUGCCAUCGCGCGUUGAAAUUUCGGAUGGUUCUUUGAGAACCGGAAUUGAAGCCCU